AUGUUCCCAAUUUUUGCUCAGAACUAUCCACCAAAAUCUUUCAAUUUCUUGCAGAAAGACCAGAAUCUUUUCGACAGAGAGGACAAGUACGUCGCAAACAUCCAAUCAAAUCCACACCAGAAACGCAAAGUCGCAAUGGCCAUCAUGCUUGCUUUGGUACUCUUUUUCUCGGCACUCUCCUUUGCAAUCCCGAUUGCUCCUCUUAGUCCUCUCUCAGAAACCAUCUCGAUCAAUGAGAAUACCACUGUCUCAUUGUUGGCGACCGCACUUCGCUUCAACAUCGACCCAGACAUCAAAGGAAUCGCCUGCGGCAGACAAUUCCCUGUCAACAUCAAUGUGAAAGAUGCUGGUACAGCCUCCCCUGCCUGCACUGCCGUUCGCGACCUUCUUGUGGGCGCCGACAACAAGGGCAACAGCGACGUCAAUCUGAUCUUCACAUGUCCCGGACAAACUGUCAGCAUUGGAGGUGUCGGCGAUCGCGAUAUCAAGAUCACAUUGAGCACUGUGGAAUUGCCCGGGUUUUCCGAAAUCAAUACUACCACUCCAGGCACCAUGACUGUCAUCAGCGACAAGAAUAAAUUUGCUGCAACUGUGUCUGUCGAGGUUGGCAUUACCAAGUCUUCCAACAGCGAGUUGAUCUGGCAGUUCAUUACCUGUCCCUAG